AGUGGGUUUAUGGCCAGCAGUUCACAUUUCACUCCACCCAGGAAGGUAACUCAUACUCACCACGGGAUCCUGAUCUGACCUGAUCUGCUUCACCAUAGCUUUACAGAGGAGAAGAAGGAUUUAGGCUGAACGAACGCCACUGGAAUACAGCAACAAUGCCCUCCUUAACGAAGAUUCUGUAUUACUUGGGCAGUGCACUGGCCACUGCCAUAGCUGUUGGGAUAAUUGGGUACGGCAUGUCACAGCAGUGGUCUGAGACGGCCAUAAGGUGCUCAGGGAUGGAUACCGUUGUAGGCAAUGGAUCUGCUGUGGUCAUGCUUAAGCUUUUCAGAGGGUCAUUGCAGAGAUUCUCCUGCCCACAUUUUGGAACUUCAGAAAAUUUUGAUGUGAUUCCUCGGCUGUUGGGAUCAACAACCCCUGUGGUGCUGCACUCUUUGGUUUUGUUCCUGUUGGUGCUGUCUCUGGUGUGCUCCGCCAUCACCAUCCUUGUCUCGCUCUACAACAGCGUCAGCAACCCUUACGAGACCUACAUGGGGCCAACAGCCAUCUACGUCUGCAGUUCCCUCAGCGCUUGCCUGUCCGUGUUGGGCCUCAUCUUGUUUGCGGUGAACAUCUCUGCGACCGACAUGGCUGAAGAGCUGGCGAAGAGCUCCACCGGGAGCCUCCAAGUAACGCUGCACGAAAAGUCUACACAAAUGCUGCUGGGAUUCUACCUGGUCAUCCCGUACACGGUGCUCUCUCUUGUUGCCAUCCUCCUGAUCUACUUGUACGACCACGCGGCCUACACACAGAGGACGCAGCAGCAGAGGCCCACGCAGGACGCUCCCAAGGAGAUAAUGAUGUAUUAGUGUUACGGCGACGAUCGCCGAUCAAGACUUUUAUGAAGAAACACGCUGUAAUGGACGACUGCAGCUUGUAGGUAUGGACAGCAAAGCGCAGACGUGUCUGCGGUGUAUAAGCAGCUGGAGUUGAUUUGUGGCAUUUGGAAAGAAAGAGGGAAGGAGUUUGAUCAAACAAUUCACAAUAUCACGUUCUAACGAGCAGCCGUGGUAUCAUUUCAAUGUUUUAUUCAUAAUUGUCAUCACAUAAGAAAGUACUUGCUGAUGCAGCAAAUGAAUUGGUUUCAUCUUUAUGAGCUUAAACUAAAGCUAUUUAUUCUGUGUACAUUUUUUAUUUUUUUUUUUUUUGGUUUAAUAUGAUCACAUGUGAGUUUUUUGCUCAUAACACCAUAAUAGGAAGACUCGAAUCAUCAAACAGUAAAAUAAAAAUCCAUUGGUUUCGGCUUCGUAUUCCUUUUUUAGGAUGGAUAUGAAAAACUUUACAGCCCACCUUUAUUUGUAUUUCUGUAAUUUAUUGUUAAAGAUUUACUCAAAGUAUACAGGUUAAGAAAUAAGUUAAUGUGGAAGUCUGUUGAACAUAAUCCAAAGGUUGACUUUUCAAAAGGAGUGCCUCGGGAGAUUCCCUGAUGUCUGCUGCCCCCUAUCAAUGAGAUGAUGUAAAUGGAAAAGUACUGUAUAUUUCAACUCAUAAAGUACAGGAAUAAAAGAGAAUAACUUGG